UUUUCCUGUUUCCCCGUGUUGCGUUUAUUUCAGUCCCCCAAACAACACAUGUGUCGGUCAACACUGAACACAGUCUUAUUAAAAACAAGCCAUGUAUUCAUGCUUUAAAGAUAAAAUCGGGGAGGUUUUAUUACCCGGAGACGAAUUCUCCUUUGAGACAGAUGAGACCAUUUCGCUGACGGACACGGUGAAAGCGGAGAAGGUGGUCUGCGGGCCGGGGCUGCGGCGGAAUGGAGACCAGGUCCUGGUGUGUAAAAGCGGCGUCCUGCGACACAAACAGCCCAACAUGUUCUGGAUCGACUCCCAGCAGCGGAGGUACGUUCCAGCUAAAGGAGAGAGUGUGAUCGGCAUCGUCACGGCCAAGUCGGGCGACGUCUUCAAGGUGGACGUGGGCGGCAGCGAGCAGGCGACUCUGUCCUACCUGGCCUUCGAGGGAGCGACCAAGAGGAACCGACCCAACGUGCAGGUGGGCGACCUGGUCUUCUGUCAGUUCAUCAUCGCCAACAAGGACAUGGAGCCCGAGCUGGUGUGUAUCGACAGCGCGGGCCGGGCCAACGGGAUGGGAGUGUUUGGAGCCGGAGGAUUUCUCUUCCGAGUGUCUCUGGGGCUGGUGAGGAGGCUGCUGGCGCCGCGCAGUGACAUCAUCAGCGACCUGGAGAAGCUGCUGCCCUGCGAGCUGGUGGUCGGCAUGAACGGCCGCGUGUGGGUGAAGGCCGGCAGCGUGCAGCAGACGCUCGUCGUGGCCAACCUGCUGGAGAGCUGUGAGAACAUGACGGCGCCGCAGAGACAGGCGCUGUUCAGGAGGGUGGCACAGGGGGCGCUGUAGAGCCGCCGGGACGCAGCUCCGCCUCGGGGUCACCUGGACCGAGAGGAGGAAACCAGAGUCCAGCAGGUUUUAUAUCAACAUCGACGACGAGAAAACUGUUGAGCGCCCCGCCGACGUUUCAGCGACGCAGCAGCUGGAGCUCAAACCUCGACGAGCGCCGAGUCUCUGCAAACCCACAGCACGUUCAUUUGACUUCCUUCAGAAACAUGGGGAAAAAAUGAAAUGAGCAACUUAACCAGAAAUGACAUGAAAAUUUGUGAGAAAUCAGUAAAAAAUUAUAAGAAAAAAACGAAAAUGAAACAAAAGAAAUGAAAAAUUAGCACAA